AUGAUAACCACAAUGAUAUUUGACCUGGUCAAUGAAGUUAAAAAAAUUUCAGAAGAAAUGGAAAGUAUUGGAAAUCAGGGCGUUUUUAAUAAAGCAGACACAAAGGAAUAUAAUUCUCUUUUCAAAAAUGUUGAUUUGCCCAUAGACUAUGCUGAAAAAAUGAAGCAAUUCGAAGAAUUUUUAUCUGAAAAAAAAUACUUCAUAGCAUCUAUUCAUGGAAUAUCGAGAAUAGGGGGAAGUUCCCCAUAUGAAUCUGCAAGAAGGGUCUUUGGAAGACUGCUGACAAACGAAAUGGCUGUGCAAUAUACCUGGCUUGGCACGAAAGAAAAAGAAGCUCUAGUUAAAACUAAAUUAGCUGAUGUUUUGCUCAAGGCCUUUGAGAAAUGCAAUGCUUCAUGGGAUGUGAAGAAAGCUGAAGACGCCAUAAAGAAAUAUUUGAGAAGGGCGAGAGAAAGACUGGGCUCGAACAAGAAAUCUCAUUAG